AUGGGCUGCCGUCCCCUCUCGCUGAAAGCUCCUUUGCCACCAUCACUGCCGCCAUCCUUCAGCACCGCCACUGUCCUUGCUGCUGCCGCCGUUUCUCGUCCCUACCGAAGUCUCCAUCACCACCGUUACUAUCUUCAUCCCCCGCAUGCACACCACCACCAUGUCCCACCCCACCACCUCCAUCAUUUUCACUCCCCCUCAGCUGCUCCAACCACCAUCACAUGGAACUCAUUCGCCACCCAUAUCCCCGUCCUUCCUUGCCUCCCUGUCCGCCCCACUCCUACGCUGUUUUCGACUGCCACUUCCCCUGACUCUCCCUCACCUUUAGGUGUCGCCCCAUCGCCGUCUGCAGACUUCCCAUCAAACCCCGUGCCACCUAUGACAGGAUCCCAGCCAGCACAGAUUUUCGCCUACCAAGCCACAGUCUCUGUGACAAACAUGCCCGAACCUCCUGUGUCACCUACCCCUCAGGGAGGGCCUGCCCCCCGCCAUCACCCCCUGCAACCCAUCCCACAGCCCCCUCUCCACCCUGACCUGUCCAAGAAAUCGUCUAAACGCCCUAAUGUUGACCCUGCCCCCACCCUCUCCACAAUGACAACCACCAUCGCCAUGACUCAUGGACCCCCAGGGACAGGACCCUGA